AUGUCUACGUGGUAUUCAUCUUGGUUUUCUGGUUUUCCGGCAUUUGAUUUCGGGGUUCCUGCCUCCAUUCAGCGGCGGUUUUUCUCUUUUGUGCUCAGGAAAACUCUCGGUCGGUUCCUCAAGCCUGGGCAACUUGAUCUCCAUCAGAUUGAUUCGCAGCUGGGAUCUGGAGCAGUGCAUGUGACUGACCUCGAGCUAGACGAGCAGGCUAUCAACGAUUUGCUCGUAGGACUCCCGUUUCGCCUUCACGAUGGCUUUAUAUCCGGGGUCACCGUUCACGUCCCAUUCCCAAAUCCGCUCACCUCCAAUGUUGGGCUGCAUGUUCGGUCACUUCGCCUUACCCUCCUCGUGACGGAGCAACACACUUCUCCUCCAGCUCCGCCAUAUUCGUCCAAUACAGGUCUUUCGGAAUCUGUUUUAUCGGUAGCAGAGUCUUUUGUCCACCGCGAGCUUUCACCAAGGGAAGAGGCGACAUUGCGCGAAUCAUUGCAACCCAAGCCUAUUCCUCAGCUUGAGGCCGAAGAAAUCGAGAAUGUCCCUGGAGGUUUCGACCCUUCCUCAGCUCAGCAUCAGGGCGGUGAAGUGGAGAGGGACAUGGAUGGCACCGUACGCGCGGACGGCGAGCCUGCUGGGGUGCCGGUUUUUGCGACCUUCAUCGAACACCUGCUCUCGCGCUUCUCGUUUUCGGCUCUCGAUACGAAGGUUACGAUUGUUCAUGUUGGACAAUCUAGCUUUACCCUUACCAUCCCGGAGGUCCGAUAUCAUUCCGAGGGCGUUGCUGGUGCACCACAUCCUCCUGCAGCCGAAAGCUCGCCGUCAUCGGCUGGCUAUAAAGCACGUGCUGAACGCUGUGGACAAGUUCGUACGAUAACCGUCUCAGGAUUGUCGGUCAGGUCACGUAAUCUUCGGCCACACGUCGACUCUCCAACGAUCUCACCAGUGUCUGUAUCUUACAACUCCCCGAAGAGUAACCAGGGACAUUUUGGUGAUGCUCUAUCACGCAAGUCAUCUUCCUCCUCUCUGGAUGAUGACACGCAAAUGAUGAUGUCGCAAUCCAUUGCUAUGCUACCACCUCGACCCCCAUCUUCCGCUAGUUCUAUAUCGAGUGACAUGUACCAAAGUGUCAUGUCAACUGGCACUCGGGCAGCCACUGAAUGUCAACAGUCAAUAGAACCCGCUACUCCUCUUGGUUAUCGCGGAACACGUCCGCAACCCCAGAACUUGACUAUUCAGGCCCUGUCACAAGAGACAGAUGCUGACCUCGUUCUGUCACUUGGUACUCAACCCAUAACAAUCCAGUUAAGUGCAACCCUUUCAACCCACAGUCAUGUGGACAAAGCUUGUAGUAGAGAUCAGGCGCGCUCGGCCACUCCUGAUGAAGCCCGUCACCCAAUCCACGAGCCACCUGAGACUCUUUGCUUGACCGUCUCAGCUGGCACGAUGGCGUGUGCUAUCCGUGCUUGUCAUCUUCGGAUGCUUAUGGACUUGGUGAACGCGUGUGGAUCAGACUCAUCGCCUCCAACGUCCGAUAUCGAACACAUUUCCCGCCCCUCGAAAAUUGUAGCAUUUGGAUUGAGUGCAAGUAUCAAUAUCUGGGGAAUUGUAGUAAUCUUGCUUUCCGAGCCUUGCGAUGCACAGGCCGACACGCUCUCGCCUUAUUUCGAGCACCCGUUCAUCCCACCACGCCUAUGUUGUGCCUACGUGCGACUCCUUCAAGAAAAUAUUACCGGACACUUUCACUUACCCCAUCCUUCUGCAUCAUCUCCUAGCACCCCUCUAGCUGCCACGCCCGACAACAAGAGUCCAACUGCAAGCAUUAGGGCCUCAAUCUCGGAUGUGUCGUUACUCGCAUUUCAUGCUGUUUCCACUGCCGGAGAUGCACAGGUUGCUGCGCCUAUAUUGAUUACUGACCGCUACCUUGCCACUCUGGAGAGGGCAACCCACUACCGCCCGUCCUUUAAUUCCGACAAACCGCCUUCCAUCCAUCUUCCAUUGUUCGAUGUCGUAGAUUGGACUCAGGAAAAGCAUAACGGGAAUUCUAUGAGGUUAUCAACUUGGCGUACGAAACCUGGAAAUAGGUCUGGGAGGAUCCGCAGCCCCACCCAUAAAAUUUGCGACCUACCUUCAUCCCCGAAUCCCUUUGUGGAUACCCCCUUACAAACAUCUGACGAAGAGAGACUUCACUCUGCGAUCCAAGUUACUGGCUGUUUGUCAACCUCUGAAGCUUCUAGCCUCCACGUGAGAGUGGCGCCGCUCCAUUGUUUCUUGGAUCUUGGAAUGAUUUUGGACGGAGGCUUGUUGUUGAACUUUGUCAAUGAGGUGAUGUCGUCUACUAUGUUUCAAUCCAAGAGCGAGAGAGGCCCCUCUGCUGAGGCAAGAAAGUCGACUCCUUUGGAUCAUGAUUUCAGUGACAAGGAUGUCCAUGAUGAAUAUGUCCGUAGCAAGCCCGCCUCCACAUCAUCACAACAAAGAGAGAUGGAGAGAAGGCGUCUCGAAAAAUUUGUCUUCGAUGAUCUCAACUUAAGGAUGGAUUAUGGUGUCAAUUUAACGGAGUUCAGAGGCUCCAGGAAAUCCGUGGACCAGCCGGCACAUUCUGCAAGACGGAAGGCUUCAAGUGCACCUGGCCUGAGUCUCAACCUCUCGUGCCCAAUGAUCAGGGUGGAGGUUCGAUGCCUCUCCCCUGCGGGCCAACUUCCUCGUUCAGGCUGCCUUCUUAUUGACAUACAUGACAUAUUGGCGUCCAACAACCCAGUGUCUUCAAAACCGUCAAUCCGGUUUUCCGAAGGUUUACAGUCACUCCCACGGACUACUAUUGAUCACGGUUGGCAGAAUGCCAUAUGCUCCGUGCAACUACAAGAGGUUCUUAUUGCGUACGCGCCAGUUGGCGCUACUCUAGCCAAGACCUUGAUAGUAUUGGGAUAUAUGCCGGCGAGCGCUGGAGAUUUACACACGAAUACGCUCUUGGCCACAGAUGCCUGCGUGGAUGUAAUUCCGGUGUGCCUCUUGCUCUCAAGGGCAAACAUCUCGAGCCGCGAGGGUGGAACCUAUCCAAGCCGCCCAUCCUUAACCGUCGAUAUCCCGUUGAUCGAUGUGAUGCUCGAAAAGGAGUCCCUUGACGGUCUUCAGUAUUGGGUGGACGACGUUGCUCAGUUAUUUGACCACUGUAUGUCAGGUGCCGAUAGUGCUAAGGAGGCGAUCGUCAGUCAGAGCCCGAGCCUCAUCGGAAGCCGCUUCUUCGCAAGAUCGCGUCACGGUUGUAGUCGUCGAAGUAGUGAAGAUGACUCUACCGGCGAUAGACCGCAUACGGUCAGUGGUGAGAUUGUCGUGAGAGUGAAUGUAACCGAAGCCCUUCUUCGAAUUUUGUUACCUCGCUGCGACCAGAGCUCGCGCAAUUCGCGACCAUUUGACAUACAGGCAUCUGAUAUCGAUGCACUGAUUGAAAUGAAGCCUGACGGGAAGGAUCAGACCGUUAUCACGACUAGCAUUAUGGACUUGCGCGUUGCGGAUACAACUAGCGCCGGAAAUUAUGUGCCUUUGGUGGUUCUUGCAGCGCCUCGUACCUUAUCUACCGUUCCCAAGCCAAUGAUCAAGAUUCGCGUCACAUCUCUGGUGGCUCCAGAAACUAGCGCCAAAGAAUCCAAGAUCAAAUUAUUGCUCUGUGCAGUUGCUUGCCAUGUACCGCCUAACCCAUGUUUCACUGCCGAUCUAGCCGCUUUGGCAAAGGCUCCUCCGGGGGUUUUUGAAUCAGUGGUUCCUUCUGAGCGAACUGUGUUUAGCAUGACGGUAAUUGACGUUUCGGUUCGGUUGCAAGCUCCCGAAUAUCCUGGUGCACUUGUCGUGCACAUCGGAGAAGCUGACUUUUUGACCGAGCUAAUUGGCAAUUCUUUGGAGACUGGCUUCAAGCUGGGCAUUUCAUCCCUACAUCUUUUCGUAAUCGACAAUAUCGAAGACGAAUCCGAAACUUCCAAGUCGCCUCGCAAGCCAGCCGGGCUCGGCCCUAGGAUGUGGAAGGACUUGGGGUUCGCAUUAGUCGCUGACGUAUCAAAUUGUCACUUGUCUCUGCGCCGCAGUAACCCCGGGCUACCUGCUGACACAAACGUGACGAUCGAUCGCAUUGAGCUUCGGAUAUACCUCUGCGCAGACACUCUGGGUGCAUUCACGGGAUUUCUCAGUCACCUGCUGCCAAAUGGAAAGGACGCUGAGAUUGACAGGCCUUCUGACAUUGUAUCGCAAAUUCCAGGAACGCUUUCCAUGAAUGACAACCAUCGAUUGACAGGUAGGAAAACUUCACUCGACGAAAACGCUUUUAGGCGUGUUCCCGAAGUUGGGAGUACUGCAGACAUGAUCAGCGACGAUCUCCCCGCAAAUCUUGAUUACCUGGACGCGUCAUUUGGUGCCGCUGCGGGCCUUCGCGAAUUAAGGGACGACGACCUAGAGGAGUUCAAUACCGAAGAGCAAAGUGGUCGUACCACCCCUGUGCCAGGUGAAACCGGUGUCGUUUCGAACGUAGGAGGGGAAACGGUUCGAAUUUUCAAGAAGUUCAAUUUCACGGAACAUUACUUUGACACUGUCACUCCCGACGGCUCGGAAAAUGCCAGCCAUUUGAGCACCACCUUACAGGUGCGAGUGCAUGAUGCAGAUGUUACGCUCUCUUUGCAUGAUGGCUAUGAUUGGCCUCGCACGCGCAAGAUAAUCGAAAAGGAAAUCAAGGAAAUGCGUAAGAAACUGGCGCGGAUCCGUCAGCUUGUUGCGGCAGGGCAGGCUCAAGAACCGAUAGAAGAGGAAACAUGCGCAAUGCUAUUUAACUCUAUUCACAUCGGACUUGAACAGGAUCUGGAGAAUAUGGAUCCCGAUACUCUCCUUGCCGCAAUCGAUCACGAAUUAGACGAAGUCGCCGAAACUGGAACAGAAGGCUCGUGGCAGUCGUUGCACCCAGCCUCACCAGGAAAGCCAGGAGUUCCCCUUAAGAAAGUGCAUGGAAAGCACCUCUUGAGAUCCAAGGGGCCCUCAAUUGAAAUCCGCCUUUCCGGAAUGAACGUAGAAGUGGACAGAUAUCGCCCUGGAGGGACCUUAGUUUCACGCACGCUAAUCCUGGUCAAGGAUGCAGAGAUUCUCGAUCAUAUCAAGACGUCGACUUGGAAGAAAUUCCUUACAGCUCUACGGGCGGAUUCGCGAGGGAAUAUAAGAGAAACUGGCUCCAAUAUGGCUCGGAUUGAACUGCUAACCGUGCGCCCUUCACCAUACCAUGCAACAGAGGAAGCGCGACUUCGGGCGAAGCUUCUACCUUUGCGAUUGUACGUGGACCAGGAUGCACUCGAUUUCUUCAAGAAAUUCUUUGCCUUUAAGGACCCCGAAAGCCCUGCUACGCCCGAUGGAAACCAGCAGCAACGAAGAAACAUACUUCCGUACCUGACCUGGUUUCUAGAACAUGCUGAGGUCUUUCCUGUGGACAUUAAACUUGACUACAAGCCACGGCGUGUGGAUUACCGAGCGUUACGCGAAGGAAGGACGAUAGAGCUGAUGAACUUUUUCCAUUUCGAUGGUGCGGAAAUGACUCUGAGACACCUGACUUUGCAUGGGAUUACUGGAUGGGCACGUUUCUUCGAUACCCUGAAUGACCUAUGGACUCCAGACGUCAAAGCUACUCAACUUGUCGAUGUCAUCUCUGGUGUGGCUCCGAUCCGCUCCGUAGUAAAUGUGGGGUCGGGUGUCGCCGACCUCGUUCUCCUACCAAUUGCCCAAUACAAGAAAGAUGGACGUAUACUGCGUGGGAUACAGAAGGGUACUAGAGCCUUCGUUCAAUCCACAGCGAUGGAAACUAUCAAGCUGGGUGCACGACUUGCUACGGGUACACAAGUCAUUUUGGAGGAAACCGAGAACGUGCUUGGUGGUCACUUCAGGAAUCCCGUCACCGCCGAAACUCUACAAAUACCAUACGAAAGCGACAUUACGGAGGACGAUCAAGAAGACCUCAUCAGUAGAUACGCAGCGCAGCCCUCUGGAGUAGCUGAAGGUGUCCAGUCGGCGUACCGUAGCCUGCGAAAGGGAGUACAUUCAGCAGCACAAACGAUUUUGGCAGUACCUAUGGAAGUAUACGAACGCUCCGGAAACGAGGGGGCCAUCCGUGCUGUCGUACGAGCGGUUCCCAUCGCGGUGCUGAAGCCGAUGAUCGGUGCCACUGAAGCUGUCAGCAAGACUUUGUUGGGUUUGCAUAACACAUUGGAUCCGGAUGUCCGACAUGAGAAUGAAGCCAAGUACAAGCACCGUUAA